CACCACCGGUCGCCUGUCAACGCGUAUCGCGAUGCGCACGAUCGACAUUGUGAUUAUUCUGUGGUGAAAUCAUUUUCGAGUUAACAAUGUGACACGAGAUUAUUCGACAUUACGUACCUUGUUUUUUACGCUUCAUUUCCCUUUGUGUACACGUUGGAUAAUGAUUCUUCAGUGACGAGUGUUUCUCUCUCUCUCUCUCUCUCUCUCCCUCUCUCUGUUUAUUACCAUCAAUGGCAAUUGGAGGGUUAAUUUGUCGUGUGUAAUUACGUGGUGAUUGAGGGAUAUCGAUUUGGUCAUCGAGGAAUAGGAUAAUUACACUGGUUUACGGAUCAAAAGUGAUUGGAUAUGUGCAUAGUGAAGUAAGGAUGCAGUGCGAUGCAGUGAUGUCGAUCGGUAAUAUCGAUCGAGAUUUGGAGAAAGGGGGCAGCAGCGACAAUUAACUUCGUAGACAGUGUCACGUGGUGUGCGGGCUAAGUGACACGUGACCGUGUCGCGUUCAAAUGCGUUUUGGAGAUUUUCUACAAGUUAUUGGAAGUUUGUGUUUAUAAUAUCGUUAAAUAGUGCAACAGAAGAUUGAAAAAAAUAACAUGUAAUACAGUGUAUCGCAUAAGAACAAACGAGGAACACAAAGAUGCGACAGGAAUGCAUUGAUGCUGAAUAACGUGUCUUUGAGGAAAGAUACUACCACUGUGGAUAAUUAAUCUGGAUACUAAUUAAUCGUGAGCCAAAGAGACAAAUGCAGACGGCUUACUGGUUCAACGAAUUUGCUGAUUAAACUCGCCAUCGGACGAGCGACUAGUAUCCGGAUGAAAGGGCAGGUUAAUGAGACCGGGGAGACGCCUCGAAAGCUUCUCGUAAGAACACGAUACUGGAGAAACGGACUCCGCGGUCCGAAAGUGCAGAGAAAAUUGGCAAUUUCCAUCGAGAGAAGAUAAGAAAAAGAAUGUGGGUCACUUAAAUAUAACAAGCUUUUUUUUUUUUUUUAUCUAGCUUCUGUCGAGUGAUCCACGAGCGUCUUCACGAGUGCAUUUGGUUGAGAAAAAUAUUCGUAAUUCGAUGAUUUUCAUGAAUUUCGUUUUGAUCAAGAUUAUUUGUGUGUAUUAGAAAUAAAAAAAUUUAAAGAUAUAUUUUAGUUUUUAAUAAGCGAGCUAUUUUCUUUAUUUUUUGAAAAUUGUAACGUUAUGAGAUGAUAAAAGUUUUAAGUAUAUCUUCCUCCAUUAAAUUGGAUUAUCGAAGACAUAUUAAUCUUUUAUAUACUAUAAAGAUUCAAGAAAUGAUAUUGGAAAAGAAUUAUUGUCCAAUUUUUGAAAUUUUUAAGAAGUUUAAUAAAUUCUAUUGCGUAAAGAUGUAAAAAAAUGAUCGAAAAGACAUUUCGUUCGUACCAGAUCGGAAAGAUAUAUGAAUAAAAUAUCAAUCUCGGAUACUACUUUCCCAACUUUUUAAUGAAAGAAUCAUUCGAUUUAAUGUUCCGCAAAACUUCAUCAUCGAGAAAAUUUCGAGUAUCUUAUUCCUCGAUCUUUGGACUAGAAUCAAACUAUCCGAAAUAAAGAACGAAAGAAAGGGUUCGUUCGGGAAAGGAAGUUCCGAAACGAUCUUCAGCAUUUCGUCACCUUGAUCCAAACGAUCUCGGCGGUCCCCGCCCAUCGAACGUUCGAGCCACACGGAGGAAUUGAUCGAGGAAUCCCGAACAAAAUUCUUUCGUAUUUCUCUAACCACGAGAACCAGUAGGCGGGGAAAUAAAAGGAACGAGCCGUAAUCUACCAAGGUGGAAACUCGCCAAGUUAAGUUAAAGACGUCCUCGAUCGAGGGUAUCCAGGUGUCUCCCCAAUUCUUUGGAUUAACAGUCGCAAGGGUGCAAAUUACACGGAGUGAGCGAUUUCCUCGAGGGACGAUCGGUCUACGCCGGAGAGACAUUUCUCAGAUGUCGAGCGAACGAUGAAGCACUCGAGGCGAGCGAGUGGCUCGAGUGCCACUUCGAUCGCGAACGAUUCGUGUUCCAGGUGCGAGGGAAAGUGUCCGACGAAAAUGCGGCUCGCACUACUGCUGCUCUUCUCUUUGUUCGGGACAGGCUCGUCCAUCCAUCUCCGCAGGAUAGACGUGCCGAGUAUAGCCGACCCGAGGUGGGAAAAAGUGGCGCUGAGAUGCGAGUACGAUCUGGACGGCGAGGAAUUGUACUCCGUGAAGUGGUACAAGGAUGGCGCGGAGUUCUUCAGGUUUAUGCCCGGCUCGAGGCCGCCCGGUCGUGAUUUCCAGCUGGAAGGGGUGUACGUGGACGUGAACAAGAGCGAUAGCAAACAAGUGACGCUGUUGGGACAGGCGAACAAUCGGAGAGUGAAGGUGAACCUUGUGGGGUUGUACGGGUGCGAGGUGUCCUCGGAGGGGCCGAAUUUCCUCACGAUCUUCGGCGAGGCGAACAUGAGCUUGGCGAUCCCCCCCAAGGAACGACCCACCCUCCGUGGCCUUCAACCCUCUUACGAGGCGGGCGAGACGCUCGAAGUGGAAUGCAGCUCGGCGGCCAGCUACCCUCCGGCCCGGCUCGUCUUCAUCCUCAACGGGAAAGAGGUGAACAAAGGGUUGAUCAGAGAAUUGCCAAGCACGAGCCCUACGGAGGACAGCCUCGUGUCCUCGACUCAUCUCGGCCUUACUCUUCGAUUGGAACGGCACCAUUUCCCCGGAGGGACAUUAACUCUCAUCUGUCAGUCCACGUUGCCGAGGAUCAGGGGCGACAAGGCGCUCGAGAGGGUGGAAACCGCGACACUGGCCGCGAGCAAUCAACGACUGGCGCAGGAACCGCCCAGAUCCGGUUCAACGAUCGAUGCCCAACCCGUGUCGAUCUCGAUCUGCUGUUUGUUAGCGAUCUUACCAUCGUUCAAUCACGGUAUUUUGCCACUUUUGUAUUUUGUUUAACCGGAAACGAAUCGCAGAUGAAAGCUUCGCGUUGGGAUCAUUUCGCCACGUGUCGAAUUCAUGCCAGGAUGAAAGGGGGACUUGGUGAAAAGGGAUAAAGGAAAGACGAAUUUCAGGGGGAAUUAUUUUCGUAUAUGAAUUGUAAUUAUUUUAAGAAUGAUAUUUGUGAUAUUAAUGCGCGUGUUCUUGCCUCUUCGCCUUAGUGAUAAAAUUAAAUAUACAUAUAUAUAUAAAUUGCGUAUAAUUAAUGAAAAUCUGAAAAUCUAGAAGUAUUCAUUUUGCAUGAAAACAAUUCAUUACGAUAUUGUUAUUCUGAGAGGAUAGAGAGGCAAGAAUAUUUAUCGGGUAUAUAUAUAUAUAUGAUUUUAAUAUUUUUAAAUAAUAAAAUAUCGAAUGUAAUUAAUAUAAAAAGAUAAUGUUCCCUCUCCACUAAGCCUUUCAAUUAUCGAAUACAGCGAACCGUUCGAUUUAAUCUUAAGUCCGGAUUAAACUCGGGAUAAAUUUUUUUUUUUAAUUUUCCAUUGCCGCUGUAAAUUGCUCAUAUCAGAUAUUCUCGUAUUAAUAUUUUAUAUAUAAUUUGCAUCUCGCAUCGUCUUCUAUAUAUAUAUAUAUAUAAUCAAUCCGAAAAAACAAAGCGUUUCAUUUCCUACUUUACUACUUUAACAUUCCAUUUUAUAUAUCCAUCAAAGAAAACUUUCGUCAAUUCGUAUUUCGUAGCUAUUUUAAACGAAUAUGCUGGCAUGUGAUCAGUCUCAAAAAAAAAAAAAAAAAGGAAUUUCUUUUUUUUUUUAAAUUCUUCACUGCCAUUGUGGAAAUUCCGUUGCUCACACAGAAGACACGUUCAUUGAACUGUCGAUGAUGCACGCGUGGACGUGUAUAUAUUCGAAAAAAUAAAAGUACGUAAUUUAUAUAAAAAUAUAAAUUAUAAGGUGUAUCGAUGGUCGCUCGAUAAAGAGAAGAGAGACGCUAAUAGCAAUAUAAUUUAAAAAUCGAUAAAAAAAAAAAAAAAAANUCGUUGAAGCGAGACGCGACACUUGUACAUAGUGUAUGAUUGUGAAUUU